UGGCCACUGUGACCAGAGACAAUAUUCGUAAUCUGGCAAAUUCUGCUUUUCGUUUGUAGGUUAUGUUUAGUGGUGAAUUGUCAAAUUUAGUGUUAAAUAUUUUCUUGGAAAUCUUAUAGAUAUGGAGUGGACUAAACCCGAACGUUUUACUUAUUAGUAAUCGUGAGAUUUUGAUCCCCAUUGAAUUGGAUAUGAAAUUGUAAUCGUUUCGUCAUAAUGGCUGUGUAGAUUGCCGUGUCGCUUGACAUUGAGAUGUGAAUCCGAAAGUUGAUACGCAUUUUUCGAUAGGAAAGCUAUCUUCGUUGUGAGCGUACAAUAGUUCUUAUGCAUCACGAAUGAUACCAGUACACAACUCUGAGUACACCAAUUAUAUCAAGAUGACGUCGAGUCAACUGUCCGUUAUUAAACUUUACAAUACCGUAGUAGAUGACGUUAUAGCCGGAGUGCGGGACUGUUUCUUAGAUGACGGUGUGGAUGAGCAAGUGCUGCAAGAGUUAAAACAGUUAUGGAAGACCAAAUUAACCGACAGUGGCGCGUUGGACCCGCCUCCAUUGGAACCGGCGAUGCCACCGCCACCAGUGUUACAAAAUUUUCAAAAAGCAAAUGGGAGUAAUGCGAUACAAAAACGUAUUCCGGAUGCGCAUAUGGCGCAGAGCUCGAGCCAUCAAAGUUCAGGCGCGGAGCAUGGAGCACCAGGCCCCAACUUGGCCGGCACUCAUCCUCACGUUUUAGACCCCAGCAAUAAAGUUCCAGUGCAAUUAACUCUUCCGGCGCAGCCUGGUGUCCCAGGAUCGCAACCACGUUCUUUCACUAUUCAAAUUCCAGCAUCUGCUCUAAAUGGUAACAAGCUUCAUCAGGUAUUGACUGGGCCCAUAAUCAAUGCAACAAUUAGUUUACCUCAGCCGCUAGCUGCAACUCUUCUUCAGCAGCAUAUUAAUUCUGCACUAGCAGCGCAACAAAAUGAGUUUGAUGGUGGAGGGGGUGGCAGGAGCGGUGCGGCCCCAUUUUCUCUAGAUGGUGCACUGGAUUCUUCAGACGAUGAAGGCUCAAAUGGAGGUGAGGGCUCAGAUGAUGCAGCAGGGGAUGAUGAUGAUGAUGAGGAAUCAGGAGAAGAGCCAGCAGAGGAGGAGGAGGAGGAGCGGGAUGAGGAUGGUGGUGCUGAAGAGGAGCCCCUCAACUCAGGCGAUGAUGUGUCUGAUGAAGAGCCUGGCGACAUGUUUGAUACAGAUAAUGUUGUUGUAUGUCAGUAUGACAAAAUUACUCGCAGUCGCAACAAGUGGAAGUUUUACUUAAAAGAUGGGAUAAUGAAUUUAGCUGGUAAAGAUUAUGUCUUUCAAAAAGCCAAUGGAGACGCAGAGUGGUGAAAUGUUCUCUUACCAAAAAUACAAGUUGUGUGUAUUUUAAUGUGUAAGGUGUCUCAUGACUAGAAUAAUUCUUACCAAAUGAAAAUGUUUAAUGGCAAGUGGUGAUCUAUAGUAUAUAAAAUUAUGUCUGAGGUUAAUAGUGGGCAUUUUGGCUUUUAUCAGGGAUGGUUGGCCAGGUUACUCAUUUAUUACCUAUUUAGAUCAUUAUAAUAAAUUAAUAAUUUCUGCCUAAAGUUAUUUGCCAAGAGGAAAUAUUUUAAAUACCUAAUUUUCAAUAUUUAGUUACAAUGUUAUUGUUUUAUGAUUCACUCACAACAAUCAUUUGGUAUUUAUUUUAAUUUUAAAGAAAGCGUUAUGAUAGAAUUUUAUUUGCUAAAAUGCAAAAAGUCCAGAAAUUAAUAAUUUGAGAUUUCUAAUUCAGGGUAUUGGUUGAAGAAUAAUUUAGUGAGAAUAUCUUAACACACAGGAUAUUUAAUUACAAUAAUUAUAUUUUGCUAUACUAUUAGCUUCACUAAUUAACAACAUUCACCCUUUACAACAUACAAAACCAUAUAUGGCGGAUAUGAUAUUCAACUCUUCUUCUUCCCCGUGUUGGCCCCGCAUUUUGCCACGGCUCAUGGGAGCCUGGGGUCUGCUUGGCAACUAAUCCCAAGAAUUGGCGUAGGCACUAGUUUUUACGAAAGCGACUGCCAUCUGACCUUCUU